CUUCAGUUCAGACAUUUCUCCCGUUCUCCUGCGAUGGCAAGCUGUGUAGCUCUGCGCUCGGCCGGGUCUGCGGCUGGAAGGCUGUUGCUGAGGCCAACCACGGCAAGUCUGGACCUCAGGAGGGGGGCAGGAGAGCAUGCUGCUGCUCCUGUCCCUCUACAGGGCAAUACUGGACACAUCAGGACAGAGGCUGACCUCCCUGUGGUCACACUACCUACAAUCGUCUACAGGCUCAUAUUUAAAGGGUAUUACAAACGCAUGCAUGAGCUGCAGCUGUAUGAAAAAAAGCUUUAUGGACCCAUGUUUAAAGUGACCACUGGUGCAGUGCACAACAUUACUCUGAGCAGUGUGGAACUGGUGGAGGAGCUGCUGAGGAAAGAUGAGAAGUUCCCAUGCAGAGGAGACAUGGCUGUAUGGACUGAAUACCGAGAUAUGAAGGGCUUAGGUUAUGGGCCUUUCACUGAGGAAGGAGAGAAGUGGUACCAACUCAGAGCUGUGCUGAAUAAACGCAUGCUGCAUCCCAAAGACUCUGUAAAGUAUGAGGAUGUAGUUAAUGGUGUGGUCACAGAUUUUGUCGAAAGGAUAAACUAUCUGCGCAAGAUGAGCCCCAGUGGAGACCUGGUGCCCAACAUGUCCAAUGAGUUGUAUCGCUUUGCUCUAGAAGGGAUUUCUCGCAUUCUGUUUGAGACCCGCAUUGGCUGUCUGCAGAACAAGAUUCCACCUGAAACUCAGGAAUUCAUUGACUCCAUUGGGAAGAUGUUCAGUUAUAGCAUAAUUGUGAGCAUUUUACCCAAGUGGACACGCAGUUGGUUGCCUCUUUGGGGACGCUACAUAGAUGGCUGGGAGGGAAUUUUUAAAUUUGCCUGUAAACUUAUUGACAAUAAGAUGGAGGACAUUCAGAGGCGUCUGGAUGCAAACCAAGAAGUUGAAGGAGAGUAUCUUACUUACCUGCUCUCCAACAACAACAUGCAGAAGAAGGAUGUGUAUGGGAGUGUUGCUGAGCUGUUAUUGGCAGGAGUGGAUACAACGUCCAACACCAUGUUGUGGGCCUUGAAUAAGCUGUCACACAAUCCAAGCGUGCAGGACAGGCUGUAUCAGGAAGUGGCCAGCACAGUCAAAGGGGACAGAAUUCCAACAGCCCAGGACAUAAACAAUAUGCCUUACCUUAAGGCAGUCAUCAAAGAGACUCUAAGGAUGUAUCCUGUUGUCCCCUUAAAUGCACGACUUCUAACAGGCAGUGAAUCAAUAAUCGGAGGACAUUUCUUCCCUAAAGAGACCACAUUUGUGAUCUAUCACUACGCAAUCAGUCAAGAUGAGAAGAUCUUCCCUGAACCACAAGCCUUUAAGCCUGAACGCUGGUUAAGGGAUGGAAGGGUGAGGCCCAACCCAUUUGGAUCCAUACCAUUCGGGUUUGGAGUGAGAGGAUGUGUUGGCCGACGUAUCGCUGAACUAGAGAUGCACCUUUCUCUGGCAAGAAUAAUCAAGCUUUUUGAAGUGAAGCCGGACCCAAAAGUAGGAGAGGUCAGAGCAAUCAACCGCACCGUUCUUGCACCAGACAGACAGGUCAACUUUUACUUCCUGGAUCGGAAAAAUUCAGCCACUUAAAGCUUUAAGAGCCGAGAUAUGAUUUCCUCACCAAUGUUUACAGUAAACAUCUUAAAAGCAGGGCACACAAUCCAGGUGCAGCACAUCUACCACCCCAAAGAAAACAGAUAUUAUAUCCUCUGCCGUGUCCUCUGAUCACUAUGACUAGCAUUAGACUCUCUGCUAACAGCAUCUCUGCUGUACACUACUGCAGUCACAUGUGUAUUCUCAUUAUACAACACUGUGUGAUCAUUAUAAAAUAUUCUAUGAAUAAUCCACAACAUUGUAUAAUAUUGUAAAAUUAUUGUAUAAAAUAUAUGAUUUCACUGAAUUGUAUGAUCAUUCCACAGCAGUGUGUACCCAUUACACAAUACUACUUGUGAACUAUGAUGAAUAGCUAUCUAAAGUACUGCAAUCUGUUUUUUUUACUGUGAUUUUAAAUAAAAUGUAUUUUGUUCAA